AGAUCUUCAAAGACGAAACAAAACAUCAUAUGGUACAUUCUCAAACGGGUUUCCGAAUUCCAAGUUUGUCCAAGUAGACUACCAGAAAGAGAAACAUACAGACUCCACCCAUCCCGUUAAGUCUAUCUAGGUGCUAUAACGAUUUAUAGCUUCUAGCUACCCUUGGCUUACAAGCACUUGAAGAGUUGUUGUGGCUCAGUCAGUAGGGCUAGGAGGUUAUGUUGACCGAGAGCUACUUCGUGUCUGUGGCCGGACCACCCUUGGCCAAUAACACGGCCAUCGCAAAAGAUGCCGGGAUUUAUGAACAUACACUACAUCCGAGCCAUUCCACGACAGCUACCUUCAAGAAAAGCUCUACUACCCGAAACUGUCUAGCUGUGAGCGAGACUCACGUGUUUGCAGCUCAGGAAGAGAAAUCGACAGUUCAUGUGUAUUCGAGAGCCAAGGGUAAUCAAGAAGCUUUAGUCACUUUCUCAGAGCGCAUCCGGAGUAUCGCUUUACAAGACGAUGUGCUUUUUCUGGGCACACAAGAGGGGAGGCUCAUCAUAUGGGAGAUCUGCACCGGCCGACAAGUAACUACACCUGCUUGUCAUGUUCAGGCAGUUACCUGCAUUGCUACUACACCUUAUCACCUUAUCACGGGGUCAGAUGACGCGAAUUUACAUGUUUGGUCCGUUCCCCGCUUGCUAGAACUAGACUCGACCAUCGAACACGAGCCCCAAGAGACUCUGUCGAAUCAUAGGGCCGCCAUCACGUCUAUCGCGGUAGGUCGGAGUGUGAACCCAGACACCAACAUAUGCGUCUCGGCAAGCAAAGACAAGACCUGCAUAGUCUGGAACUACCAACUUGGCAUAACUCUGCGAACGCUGCUGUUCCCCAGCUCACCCCUCUGCCUAUCCCUCGAUCCGUGCGCGCGCGCCAUCUACGUUUCCUCUGACGACGGAUCGCUGUACGCCAUCGAUCUAUUUGCCGAGAAGGCCCUACUAGGACCGCAGAGUGCGGAGGAGAGCUCAACGGCCAUUCAGGUCUCCUCCGCUUUCGGCGCCGCGCCCCAGGAGGCGGGGCCGGCUUCAUGCGUGGCGCUGAGCUAUGACGGUACCAUCUUGAUAUCAGGGCACCCGCAAGGCCAGGUCCUUCGCUGGGACCUGAGCAGCCGCGCCGACUCCACCGAACUAACGAAUAUCAAUGCUUCUGUCACCAACAUCGUCUUCGUCUCCCCACUUCCCUCUCCGCGUCCCACUAAACCUAUCGCGGUUGUCAAGCCAUUUUUAGGAAGCCGAAGCUAUGACUUCACCUCUCAAUUAGAUUCCGAUAUGGUAGAAGACACAAGGUUUACCAAAAUGCUUAACUCCAACGGACUCCCGCAGGACGUGCUAGAACAGGCCAUUCUCGCCUUCCAGGCCCCGACCGAGGACACCGUCGGCGAUCAGGAACUGAGGAAGGAGAACGAGGAGCUAUGGGAGGUCAUCAACGAACAACGCGCGCUCCAACAGAAGACAUUGCAGCGGUACCUCGAGGCCAAAUCUGGCAAAGCCUGAACGCAUAUCGAAAUAUCCUAAAUUAAGAAUGGUCCUGACUAAGCGAAAUAUCAUGGGGCAGAGACAUAUAAUGCCCACUUCCUCCCGCGACUCCCGUCUACCAUGGCCUUGGCUUCGGCGAUUUCGUCAAGAGCGCAUCAUCCGGUUGCCUCGGUUGAUCGUUGGGCUGUAUCAUAUAUCACAUUGGACUAACUAGAGACGGAUAGCUCUCGAUAGGAGCGCAAGCCAAUCGCACUCGUUCUCCCCGGACUAAUAUCCAACACUAUUAAAUCUAGUGUCUAAUAUCUAAAUGACGAUCGGGGGGCGGUAUUUAUCGCAGUUUCGAAAGUCCGGGGAAAGCGGAGUGGGUUUUAACGAUAUUCGCCGCGGGGAAGCCACCGAUGUUAUCAAGACAUCCAACUCGUUCUAAGGUGGAGGCGCACAGAAUACCAUCCAUGGAUAUUUUCCAAGAACCGCGGAAGCCGGUAGUAUUCUAGUAUAUAUAGCAUCAUAGAUCUAGAUAGGUAUCUUACCUAUACUAUGUUAGGUAAUCGGUAAAUAUUUUUGACGUUC